AUGCCGGUGGGUAGUAGGGGAAAAGGACAGGCGGACGUGGCGCUAGGUCCCCCUCCAAUGUGUGGGAUGAUGCUCUUCGUCACACAGGCCCUGGCUGAGGCGUUGACCCUCGCGCCCAGCGCAUGUGACGCGUCCGUCAGCGAAAGGCGAGCGACACAGAGACAGGCAGAGGGCUUGUCGCCGUUCCCCUCCGAGGAACGGCUCUUCAAGGCCUUCCAACAAGAGUUUGCUUCGUGUCAAGGAAAUCCACACGUCUCCAUGCGCACCUUGUCCUUGGAUCCCGCGGGGGCAACGGCCACUGUCUAUUUGCAGCGGCAGCCUAACCCCUCGGUCUUGGAACGCGGACGCUACCUUCUCAACCUGGACCACAUUUACACAGCGGCCAUUACUUUUUUUACUGAGGCUCAUCAAUGGUGGAAGGACAACACGAAAGAAUUGCGAAUACAUAAAGGGACAUUCUUUUCAGUACAUCCUACGCUAAUUAUGAUUGUGCUGUCUCCUACAGAGACGGCAUUGCAAAUGGAGCCAGGGAGUAUGCUUCCCUUGCUUGUUCGUGCAUCGGCAGAUAUUGUGGAUGGAAGUGAAAAGGACCUUUUGGUGCGAGUGUGUGGAUUUCCACCAGGCACCACUUUCAGCGUGCCGUUAGAGCGUCUGCGACAGAUUGCACCAGGUUCUUCUACGAAAUCAUUAGCUACUGAAGGGAAGGAAUGGAGUUGGCCUAUGGCACGUCCCCAGCCACGUGGUGUGUCAUGUGAUUGGUGCGAUGCCACUCUCAUUUCGAGUGAUUUUAUCACUCACUCCCUCUUUUUUUUGGAGUGGUGCGUCCCAGAGGAUUUUGCUUGGCCGUUCGAGCCGACAAAAGCGGAGGGCUGGGGAUCGGAUGUGCUGGGCAAACUGUUGCAAGGCAUCAGCGAACAAUUAUUUUUUGCCAGCGGUGCGGACAGUGAGCCCCCGUCAAAGCGUCAUCGUUCAGAACACGAGGAGGCUUUUCUAGACAUGAUUCCCACAGCAAGGCUUGACGUUGGUGCCUCCAUGCAAGCUUUUGAGGAGGCGAAGCGGAAGGUUGAUAUGCGCUUCGUGGAUGCAAUCCGCGGUGCCGUGUCUAUGCCGUCUCAAGAGCGCGUCGUAAGGACCCUCUUGGGGCAACUCAACAUGGUGGAGGAGGUUUACUUUGCUCAUUUUCCGCAUGCAUGUGGUGUGUCUGUUAGGGGUGCAACCGAGCCGGAUUCCUCACAUUUGCCUGCCGCUGCACCAACAGGAAGAGUUGCAAAACUCUUGAAGGGGUGGAAGGAGAUGCACAAGGGUCGCGGUGGUCGCUCACUUUUGUCCUCCGACCUGGCGCGCCAUCAAACCCGGAAUGGCGGACCCGAGGUUGAAGUCUCCAAGGAAUUUGCAGAGACUCCGUUUCUAGAGAUGAUGCAAAGAAGAUGCUUGUCAGCUGCGUCGCGCAGCUCUACACCUUUCCUGCUUACGGGGGACGGGGAACGGCUGUUGGAGGCACCAUGUGUGGCCGAAACAACACUUCUAGAACCACCUGAAGACAUGGUGGAACUGGCGGACGUAGCUGAGUUGUUGACGACUCUCAAUGCAUCGUCGACAGAGCAUAUUUCUCUCGUGACGGGCGGUGAGUGUGGUUUGGAUUGUCAACUUCCUCGAGGGCCACUUAGAGAUAUUUUGGAGGCCUCCGUUGCGGCAUAUAUCGCCUCCGCUGCUGUCACCAAACUGUCAGCAGUUGGGGCUGUUGCAUGCGCCCAUGACGUCGAUGAAUCUUUAGGUGAACGAGAUGGUGGUCGCUUCGCAACUCCUCCGAAGGCCCCAUUGAAGAUUCUGGGCGAUGUGUUUCUCAACGUUGCCUGUGGGCUUGACGGGGGUGCAAAUAGCCAAGGCAGUCCCCUUCACGAUGCUCUGGGUGAGAUGAUGACACGCGUGGGUCAUUUCGCGGCAAAUGAAUCCACGAGUACGGGGCGCUGCUGUAUCUCCAGCCUCAACAGAAACGGUGAAAGCAACAUGGGCGGCAAUGUUGCGUGCCGUGCAACCCCCACCGCUCUUCGAGCCGCGGAUGCGGCACGGGCGGUAGUGAAGCGUGCGGCCGCUAGUUUAACAGAAGAGGAUACGAACAGUCGUGGGGUAAGGUGGCUCAGACACCUUGCGUUUCUUUUUGCUCACGCCUCGGCACCUAUCGCUGCAAUAAGUUCCAUGCCACUGGCUGCGCUGAAGGGACUUCAGUCGAUAGAAGUGGAACAGUCUCGGCGUGUUGUGCGAGGGCUUGAGGCACAUUUGUUCUUUCUGGACGCCGCGUUAUGUGCCGUUGAUGGGGCGAUUGCGAGACGCUGGGCAAAUGCUCAUGAGGCCUUGGGAAAAGGAACUGCCUGA